AAGGCAUAAAUCUACGAGGAAGGUAUCAAAAGAAAAAAGGAAAAAAAGCCCUAAAUCCACCAAAACCACGCAUAAGUCCAUUUAAAAUCAAUCCCUUUACCUAUAUCGUAUCACGAUCCUUCCUUUACAUCGGAGAUUUCAUCAACCUACGACAACGCUUCACCUUCUCCUUUCGUAUCUGCCGAUUUUCUCUUCCUCGGCUGAAACCCUUUCGGAUUCAGCCUUUUCUCGGUUUGCAGUUGGAUUCAGAUAGCAGCAAACAUGGAUGACUGGGAGGACGAGGAAAUUGCACCGCUUCCAGCAAAAGUUGAACUAAAAAGUAACUGGGAUGAUGAGGAUGUGGAUGAAAAUGAAAUUAAGGACUCAUGGGAAGAUGAUGAUGAACCUGCUCUGCCGCCUGCUGUAAAGCCUGCUCCAGAGAAGUCUUCUGAAAAGGGUCCUAAUAAGGCAUCAUCCAAAACAGUUGAAAGGAAAGCUAAAGCAGCUGAAGUUCCAAAAGAAGCACCAAAAGAAGAACCUUUAGAUCCUCUUUCUGAGAAACUUCGCAUGCAGAGGCUUGUUGAGGAAGCAGACUACCGGGCCACUGCUGAACUCUUUGGAUCAAAGAAUGAAGAAAAAAGACUUGAUAUGUUCAUCCCCAAGUCUGAAAACGAUUUUUUGGAAUAUGCUGAAAUGAUUUCUCAGAGGCUUAAACCAUUUGAGAAAAGUUAUCACUAUAUUGCGUUACUCAAAAUAGUCAUGAGACUUUCGGUGGCUAACAUGAAGGCAGCAGAUGUUAAAGAUGUUGCUUCGUCCGUUACAGCAAUAGCAAAUGAAAAACUAAAGGCGGAGAAAGAAGCUGCUGCUGGCAAGAAGAAGACAGGUGGGAAGAAGAAGCAACUUCUUGUAGAUAAGCCCAAUGACGAUCUAGUGGCUGGUCCUUAUGAUGCCAUGGACGAUUUCGACUUCAUGUAGAUUAAAGAGCUUUUUGAAGGAAUACAAUUUGGAUUGUUCGGCGUCUAUUUUCAUUAUUAUCAAUUAGAAAAGAGCAAGAAGCAAAAUGUUUCUCAUUUCUUGAAAUAUAGUUGGAACAAAGAAAGCUUGCUUUCUGAGUUUUGGUCUGGAGAUUUCUCUAAAGAGUCGUGUUUUGUUGUUUUUUUUUUUUUUUGGCUGGUUAAAACUUAAAAGCUUAUAUUUGGAUUAAUUUGAUGUCGUAUAAAUUUAUAAUUGACAUUGAUGUGAAGAGGAUGAGAUAAAU